GAAAAGGAAAUGGAAGAAUAGGGUUUUGGAGUUGGGUAGGGUGAAUUGCAAUUUCAAUUAAUUAGAAUUCAACGUUUGCAAAUUGCAUAUUGUUCUUCUCUUCCUCUCUUCCUCUGACUCCAUGUCGUCGAUAACGGGCAUCCAGGGGCAACCUCUUGAGGUUACGGUGGUUUCGUGCUCCAAGUUGAAGGACACAGAAUGGAUUUCAAGACAAGAUCCGUACGUUUGUGUUGAGUAUGGCAGCACAAAGUUCCGAACCAGAACCUGCACAGACGGCGGAAAAAACCCGGUAUUCCAAGAGAAGUUCAUCUUUCCCCUCAUUGAAGGCCUUCGGGAGCUCAAUGUCCUUGUUUGGAACAGCAAUACUCUCACCUUCGACGAUUUUAUAGGAAGCGGAAAGAUUCAAUUGCACAAGGUUCUCUCUCAAGGCUUCGAUGACUCUGCUUGGCCACUUCAGACCAAAACUGGCAGAUACGCUGGUGAAGUAAAAGUCAUAUUGCAUUACGCAAUUGCAAAUCAAAGGCAUAAAUUAGUGUCAGGCCAUGCUCCAUCAGCACCUCCGUAUGUGGCAACAGCAACUCCUCCCGUCCCUUCUUCAUAUUCUACUUCAUACCCGCCACCUCCUUCUGCUACUUCCUACCCACCACCACCAUCACCUCCCUCUGCAACUCCUUACCAUACAACUGGAUCUUAUUCUUACCCACCGCCGCCGCCACCUCCUACAGCUUACCCUCCCUAUUCCUCACAUUCAUCUCCCUAUCCACCAUCAUCAUACCCCCCACAGCCCUCCUCGUAUCCUCCUCCUCCUCCCCCAUCAUCAUAUCCCCCUGCUUCAGCUUAUCCAUAUCCACCACCUGCAGGCUAUCCUUCUGGAAUAUACCCUCCACCACCUUACUGACUGAGAUCUUCUACCUUCUCAACCAAGGAACCAACAUCAACAUGCCUUGUAUGCCAAAAGGGCCUUCAGACUCCCUUUCAAUGCUUGUUCAAACGCCCCGUGCUUUGACCUUUUGAGGUGUCUUGCUUGUAAAGUGUUUAUUUUAUACACAUUCAGAUCCAAUUAAAGGGCACCAUUUUUUUUUUCGCAAUUGGAUGUUCACGGACCAUUUUCCGGUUUUCUUUUGUCUCCGUAAGGAUGAAAUAUCUAUCAAUCGUUUAUCAGGUUGC